AUGAGCGCACAGUUUGCGCUUGAUCCAGCGUUGGCAUCCAACUCGAGUGGCUUUGUUGUUGCAUGUGGAUUUUUUCGAGGCACCAGUGGCGAGAUGAUUACUUCUUCGACGGAUGCGGCUCCACCUGCAACUGCUGCUCCAUCCAGUCUCACCAAAACCCUACCGAAAGAGCCCACAGUAGCAAACCACAAUCCAAAUCCUGCACAUUAUUCUAUUUUCCCUGCUUUGCCACCCCUGCCAGGAUGGGGUCCGUUCCCAGGCCCGAUAUUCGCUCCCCCCGGCCCGAUGCCAAUGCCAGUGCCGAUGUACAUGGUCCCCGGUCCCUGGCACCAUGUCGUUAACCAGCCGCCGCCUAUGCAAGUUGGUCUUCCACCUCAGCAAGUCCUGCCUGUGGCCGCACCACCGACACAGGCGCCAACCCCGGUGACAACGGGGGCCCCUGUACAAACGCAUCUUCAACCUCAACUCAAUCCAUCUACUCAAUCUCGGCCACAGGGGUUAUCCCAACCCCAAUCUCAGUCUCGUCCUCAACAGACACAACCUCAACUCAAAUCGCACUAUCCUCCCGAACGCAACAAACCCCAUUCGACAUUCCCCCUGGCUAGCAAGCUUUCUGCAACACAACCCGGAGUCAAAGCUCGUCCAAGGCGACCCGAGCCUCCCCCGCUCAACCCCGCUGCUACAGCAUCUCCUCACUAUCAAAACCCGGGUGGUUUCGGAGGCGUAUACACUCCUCCUUCGCACACAUCCACCGAUACAACCUCGGCGCCUUCUGCUCAUUCCCACUACUCUGACAAGUCGCUCGAUACUCCCACUACUUCAACCGGGGAUCUCGGUCGACCAUUUGCUUGCGGUACAUCUGGGUGUUCGGCGGCAUUUGAUAGGAAGAGCGACUGCGAAAGGCAUCGAAGGACGCAUGCCAAGGGUGCAGCCGAGAGUCGACCGUUUAGGUGCAGCAGGCCAGGCUGCGAGGCAGCGUUUGACAGGAAAGAUGCUCUGAUGCGACACGAGCGAAACGAGCGGACGCAUUUGGUCAGGCAAACCCAACCUGGAAGAAUCAAACGCCCGACCCGUCCUUCUUCCAAGUCUGAUGUCAAUCCCAUGCCACCGUCUCCUCCACGAAGAAUGAGCACCCGAAAGCGGAAAAACAUGACACCGGGAGUCUACGCUGAUCCAUCGGAAUCCGAUUUUGAGGACGAUGAAGGCGACUAUUCCGAGGGGAACAAUGAACGGCCAGAACCAUAUCGGGCUCGGGAGUCAAUCAAACUUGAACCUACCCAGCCACCCGUCUACGCUGGGACACAACCCCAUCUCCAACACACCGGCCUUUCCGGACCCUCGAUCGACGGAGGGAUGGAGGACCUGGUCGUCAUCCCACCAGACGAAACUCGUGAUCGAUCCCCAACUACGCGCAGACGGAAACUUCGAUCCUUCGCUUCGGACGGACGGGUUCGGCGACCCGCAGGGGCGUUCACGGGCACCGACGAGGAUUUCGCAAACAUGCAGGCGGUCGAAGCUCUUCAGGCUGCUUUGCAGCAGAUCGAGGCGGAAAAGGGGCACGAGUCGGUUGUUUAA